CCCGAGGGGGCGAGGCCCCAGCCUGCCCGGGAGCGAACCUAGCCGGCCCGGCCGCAGUUCAGGGAGCAGCCUCUUUCCAGGACGGUCAGCGCUUCCUCCGGACAGCCUGAGAGCGCGGGGCGAGGGACUGCGGCCGACCUGGGGACAACAGUUUGCGAGGGAGGGAGCAAGGGUUCCCAGGGACCCGUGAGAGGAUCAGCAUCUGAGGUCUCUUUCUCCGCGAACAGAGGCGCGCUCCUGGACAAGUGUUCCCUCGCCCAGUUCUAGGGGGACGGUCGUAGGGGUCAGCACGUGCCCGGGGAGCUCGCUGUGGUCAUGGUGAAUGAAAGUCUCAACCAGGAGGAGAGCAAUGACAGCCCUAGGCCAGAGUCUGCAUUCCAGACGGACACCAGCUACUCCAACCCUCCCAGCGACCCAGGCCAUCUCAGUGUUUCCAUCCAUCCUAGCGUCUCGGGCCAUCCCAACGUCUCCAUCCAUCCUAGCGUCUCGGGCCAUCCCAGCGUCUCCAUCCAUCCUAGCGUCUCGGGCCAUCCCAGCGUCUCCAUCGACCCCAGCGUCUCUGUCCAUCCCAGCAGUUCAGCACCCCCCAGUACCUUUGCUCAACCCAGCGGUGUGACGACCCAGCCCAGUAGCUCGGGUCGGGAAGGCAGCGUGAUCAAGGUGAGCAAGCGCCGUUGGGUCGUGGUCCUGGUGUUCAGCUGCUACUCCUUGUGCAAUGCCUUCCAGUGGAUCCAGUACGGCUCCAUCAAUAACAUCUUUAUGACCUUCUAUGGCGUCAGCGCCUUUGCCAUCGACUGGCUGUCCAUGUGCUACAUGCUGACCUAUAUCCCUCUGCUCCUGCCGGUGGCCUGGAUGCUGGAGAAGUUUGGUCUUCGUACCAUCGCUAUCACCGGCUCGGCUCUCAACUGCCUGGGGGCCUGGGUGAAGCUGGGCAGCCUGGAGCCUCACCUCUUUGCAGUCACAAUGGUGGGUCAGGUCAUCUGCUCUGUGGCACAGGUCUUCAUCCUGGGCAUGCCCUCCCGCAUUGCUUCGGUCUGGUUCGGGGCUGAUGAGGUCUCGACAGCUUGCUCCGUGGCUGUGUUUGGCAAUCAGCUUGGAAUUGCGAUUGGGUUUUUGGUCCCUCCUGUUCUGGUACCCAACGUCAAAGACCAGGAAAAGCUUGCCUACCACAUCAGCAUCAUGUUCUACAUAAUUGGAGGCGUGGCCACUCUCCUCUUCAUCCUUGUCAUCAUCGUAUUCAAGGAGAAGCCCAAGUACCCUCCCAGCAGGGCCCAAUCCCUGAGUUAUGCCUUGGCAUCGCCUGAUGCUUCGUACUUAAGUUCCAUCGUCCGGCUCUUCAAAAACCUCAACUUCAUGCUGCUGGUCAUCACCUACGGUCUGAACGCUGGUGCUUUUUACGCCUUAUCCACUCUGCUGAAUCGCAUGGUGAUCUUGAACUUCCCGGGGGAAGAAGUGAAUGCCGGAAGAAUCGGUCUGACCAUUGUCAUUGCCGGGAUGUUUGGAGCAAUGAUCUCAGGCAUCUGGCUGGAUAAGUCCAAAACCUACAAGGAGACAACGCUGGUAGUGUAUAUCAUGACUCUGGUGGGCAUGGUGGUAUACACGUUUACCUUGAAACUGGGCCGUUUGUGGGUGGUAUUCAUCACUGCUGGCACGCUGGGCUUCUUCAUGACUGGCUAUCUGCCCCUGGGGUUUGAGUUUGCUGUGGAGCUCACGUACCCAGAAUCUGAAGGCAUGUCGUCUGGCCUCCUCAACGUGUCUGCACAGGUAUUUGGGAUCAUCUUCACCAUCUCCCAAGGCCAGAUUAUUGAGAACUAUGGAUCCUCUGCUGGGAAUAUCUUCCUGUGUGUGUUCCUUGCUCUUGGAUCAGCUCUCACUGCUUUUAUUAAGGCAGAUCUUCGGAGACAGAAGGCGAACAAGGAUGCUCCUGAGACUAAAGUCCAGGAGGAAGAAGAGGAGGAGGAGAUUAAUACCAGCAAGGCACCCACCGUCGUGUCGGAGGAGGCUCAUCUCUGAGAGAGAGGUGGCAGAGACUCAGGAACAUAGACACUCACCUCUUGGUUCCACUUAGCUGUCACUGCCAGCACCUAGAUUUUCACGGAGAAGCUUUUAGAGGAAGCAGGAGGAAGAUGUGACUUGCAUGGCGGUGCCUAUGCCUACUGGACCCUACCUGAGGACCUGGAUGGUUUCCUUGGGGAAAACCUCACCUGUUCCCAAAUGCAGACUGGAUUCCAGUCCCCUCUCCCUCUUAGGUCUUGGGCUAAUAUUGGGAGAGGCUGGUGGAGGGUGUUGGAGUCCAUCUUUGCUUGGUCCCUUGCCAUCUCUUUAUCCCCUUUCUUCUCUCGUGGAGAAUGCUUGCAGAAUUAUCCUAAGAAAGCUUAUUCAGGAUAUUAACUUUUUCUGAUGUCUUAAAGCUUACCCAAACAAAGCCCAGUUUACUGAGACUGAGCAAGAUGCUCUGCCCGAGGGUCAUGAUGAGGAAGUACCGUGGUUCAGCCUCCAUCAUUCCACCAGCACAGCUCUGUCAGGACUCUUGGCCUUAGCCCUUUCUGCCUAACACUACUAUCUCUCUUCAGACCUUUCCGGAGAGUCAAGGAGAUUAAACGCCAAUAAACCAGAGCAAACCUUUCUGUGGCCUCAAAGGAGAAACUGACUGGCGAGGGCUCACUGUGUAGGUGGGACAGUGCUGGGGAGUCUGUAGAACUCUGAAUUGGAAUGGAAGGUGCUUUCCUACAAAAAUGGUGCUCACCCAGGGACGCGCAUGUCCCAGGCCACUCAGAAUGUCUUCACUGGAUAUUGUACUGGGAACUGUAGCCACAGGGGGCACGUGGCUCCAACCUUUAUUGAAAGUUAGUCUUAUUCACUCUACUGUGACACAGAAGGAUAUCUCUGAGGAAAGAGGCAGAAGAAAUGUCUGUUUCAGUUAAACAUGAUCCCGUGUAUUUUGGGGCCAGUAUUUGCACAACUAAAUCCUCUCCCUGCCCCUGCUAGCAAGAGUCCUUGUCAGGUAUUUUAAAUUUAAAAGGGCUCCUUCCCCAGCCAGUCUGCUGGUUAUACUCAUGGGCUUUCAUAGUGUCUCCCCCAAGACAAACUGCUAACUAUUUUCUCCUGUGCCUUAAGCAACUCUGGUCAUGACCAUUGUAUUGUCUGGCCUUAGCAUACCAGAGCAGCCAGAUUGCCUGCAGUGCUGGGGUGCCAGGCCAGAGGGGAUCAGCUUGUGUGUACAUGCAUGCAUAUCUCUGUGUGUGUGUGUAGACCUGAGCAGUGGACGGAGUGUGGUGGAGGGAGUGUUAGGGAUGAGAAGGAGAGAUGCCUUACUGUCAAGAGAAAGGUGUUCCUUCUUUGGCUGUUCAGAAUGGACGUUUAAUCAAUGCAUUUCUUUAUUAAAAAAAAAAAAAAACAAACAACCCAUAAUUUGUAUUUCCUGUUUGUACCAGAUAUUUUAAGGCAAUAAAGAUUUUUAAAGUGG